AUGUCUCAGGCCCCGGAAGCGCGGCCGAGCCCACCCUCAGUGUACCACGAGCGGCAGCGGCUAGAGCUGUGCGCCGUCCACGCUCUCAACAACGUCCUCCAACAGCAGCUCUUCAGCCAGGAGGCUGCAGACGAAAUUUGCAAGAGGCUAGCCCCAGACUCCCGGCUGAACCCUCAUCGCAGCCUCCUGGGCACCGGCAACUAUGAUGUCAACGUGAUCAUGGCUGCCCUGCAGGGCCUAGGCCUGGCCGCUGUGUGGUGGGACAGGAGAAGACCGCUGUCCCAGUUGGCCCUGCCCCAGGUGCUAGGCCUGAUCCUGAACCUGCCCUCUCCUGUGUCACUGGGGCUGCUGUCCCUGCCGCUGCGCCGUCGGCACUGGGUGGCCCUGCGCCAGGUGGAGGGCAUCUACUAUAACCUGGACUCAAAGCUCCGGGCACCUGAAGUGCUGGGGGACGAGGAUGGUGUCAGGGCCUUCCUGGCAGCUGCCCUGGCCCAAGGCCUGUGCGAGGUGCUGUUGGUGGUGACCAAGGAGGUGGAGGAGGCCGGCUGCUGGCUGCACACAAGCUGACCCGCUGCCUGUGAACAGUCGCCUGCUGCCACAGCCCCGAGUAUCCAGUGCCUGCAACUCCAGGCCCCGGGAGGCCUGCGCCCUGCCCUAGGGUCCCCACUCCCCCAACCACUGCUGCCUCAAUAAAUCUGCUCUUUUGCUA